AGAGUGCAUCUCGCCGUCCGUCCGCCGUCGGCAAGGAGAAUGCACCGCCACCAACAACAAAACCGCAAAAAACGAUAAACAGGUGAAAUUUGCAAUCGGCCAAGUGCGUGCUUAAAAUCGAAAUUCCGCCGCAAAUAUGGAGCCCCAGGCUUCGAAGGAAAUCAAAAUCAUCGUCAAGUGGAGCGGCAAGGAGUAUCCGAUUGAGGAUCUGACCGACCACGACACGGUCGCCGUGCUGAAGCACGAAAUCUUCAAGAAGACACAGGUCAAGCCGGAACGGCAGAAGCUGCUGAAUCUCAAGUAUAGAGGAAAAUUCGCAACCGAUGAAGUACGUCUCGGCCUGCUGGAACUGAAGGCCAACUUCAAAUUGAUGAUGGUUGGCUCGCUGGAGGCAGACAUCGAAGAGGCAUCAUCGAAACCGGAUGACAUCGGCAAUGUGGUGAACGAUUUGGACAACGAUGACGAUGACAAAGUCCCCCUGGAGAACAAGGAAAUCUAUCUGGCCAAAAUUAACAAACGUGUUCGGGACUAUAAAAUCAACGAACUGAAUCCACCGAGGGAGGGAAAACGUCUGCUGGUGCUGGACAUCGAUUACACCCUGUUUGACCACCGAUCGGCUGCGGAGAACGGGGCGGAACUGAUGCGACCAUAUUUGCACGAAUUCCUGACGUCCGCCUACCAAGACUACGACAUCGCAAUCUGGUCUGCCACGUCGAUGAAGUGGAUUGUGGAAAAGAUGAAACUGUUGGGAGUGACGACUCAUCCCGACUACAAGCUGGUCUUCAUGUUGGACUCGGAAGCUAUGAUCACGGUUCAUUGCCCGGUGCGAGGAGUCAUCGAAGUCAAACCACUCGGAGUGAUUUGGGGCAAGUAUGAUCAAUAUUCGUCGAAGAACACCAUCAUGUUCGACGAUCUGCGGCGGAAUUUCCUCAUGAAUCCCAAGUCGGGCCUAAGGAUCAAACCGUUCGCCGAAGCGCAUUUGAACCGCCACAAGGACAAGGAACUACUGAAGUUGUCCAAAUAUCUAAAAGAUAUCGCGGAUAACGUCAAGGACUUUAACGAGCUGAACCACAAAAAGUGGGAAAGCUUUAAACCGAAGAAGCGCCGUGAAAUGAGUGAUGAUUAGAGGUAGACGAUUGAGUGCCCGGAAGCAGCGGAAGGCCUUAUUCCAUGAAUGCUUUAAUUGAUUACGUUUUGAUUAGUUAUUGAUUACUAAUAAAGGUACUGCAUUUAAAUUCUAA